GUCACGUCUCCCUAUAAAUACCGCCGUGCGUCGGCGCCUCACUUCCCACCGUCUUCCCUGCGUCAGGCGGCGCCACGUCUACGGCUGCUCCGGCCCCGAAUCGCCGCGACCGAGCGCUCCGAUCCGCCGUGCGACCCGUGCCGACGUCUCUGCGUAAAGGUUUCUGGGUAAUAUAUUGCCAUGGCGACCAGGGAAGCAGCCAAUGAGGACCCUCGGUCCAGGUCUCCAGUGAAGAGUGAGGAUGGCGAUGGGGAGGGGGGCGAUGAGGUGGCGUAUCCCGUCAUGUGUGGGGACAACCAGGGGCUCCUGAUCUGGAAGAAGUUCAUCUGUCCUGGCAUCCACUCUAGAUGUAUCAAGUACAAUGGCAUGAUGAGGACCCCUAAGGAGUUUGUUGUGGAGGCGGGAAAAGCUGGUCUGAAGGACUGGAAGAGAGCCAUCAGGAUUAAUGGAACCAUGAUCAGGCGAAUGAUGGAGACAGGUGAGCUGGAUUACUACCAGCACGAGCAGGUGUGCUCCAAGACGUGCCGCAGUAACCGCUUCGACGUGCCGUCAGGUGUGGCGCUCCAGCUUAGUCUGCAGGCCAGCGGGCUCCGGCCACCUGAGUUCGUACAGACGGAAGGACAGGGCAUACCACAGAUGGUUCCAGCAGAGAGGCUGUACGCAGCAGCUGCAGCUCUAAGUGCCUCCACUCCUCGAUUCACUCCAACAUCUCCUACUCCUGUGUCUCCAGAAGAUUCCCUGCUGUUCUGGUCAGGUAUCCGUGAAGUGGGCGUGUUGGACGGAAUCUUCACCUGGAUAUUUGAUGCCCUGUCUGACUUACAGCAGUGUGUGCAGCACGGGUCCUGCACUGCAGAAGAUGCCCAGAUGCUGACCAGUGUUCUGAAUGGCCUGGGCCUGAUGGAAGAGGUAAAAGCUCGUCUGGCCCAACAGAAGACCGAGGCCGACAGGCAGGUCGAAGAGUACAACCGAGAUCUGCAAGAACUAGAGAGACAGUGUGCGGAGAGACGGCGUCAGUCUCAGGCCUUGAAGCGUCGUCUCGAGAGACUCGAGAACGUUCUUCAGCACACACCAGGGCGGAAAAGGGCGCGGGCACUGUCCCCACAACAGGGGGCAACCCCCAAACCAUCCUCUGCCGCCACUGCGCAAACAAACAGGCACCUGUCGCCAGAGGCAGCCCCGCAGGACCUGAGCAUGAAGAACGGGCACUCCGUGAGCUCUCCGCUGGACAGCUCUUUGUCCUCAAGUCGUAGCAGCACGCCAGGGAUUCACUACAUGAACGGAGAAACGAACGAAAGAGAAGACCGUAGAGGACGAAUGGUUGCAAAAUCGGAAGUCAACUCCAGGUCUUCCUCUAGGUAGUAACAAGCAACACAAUGUAUAAGCAAUAUAAAGGACAUUACAGCAAAACUCAAGUGUCUUUGGGAUCUCAAAGAAAGCUUGAUGCCACAGCAAAGGAGCAUUUGUACUACAUAGUGAUAAUUAUGUAUAAGUUAUUAGUGCUUGCUUUUGUAUAUCUUAUUAGUACGAACUUUUCAUAUGUGCAAGGUUGUAGCAUAGGAAAUAGGUUCAAGUCUUCUUCCAUAGAUUGUAGUAAUAGCAGUAUUCUUGCCAUGGGACCAACCAAAA